AUGGAAGAUUCUAUUUUAAGACAAAAAGCUAGAAUCAAAUGGGCAGAAGAAUGGGAUUCCAAUAUGAAGUACUUUCACAAUACUAUCAAGGCUAGGAGAAGAAGAGCCCAAAUUUAUAAGAUUAAAGAUCGAAAUGAUCAAUGGGUCGAAGGUAACGCAUAUAUCUCCAAAGCUGCAAUUGAUCAUUUCAGUGAAAUUUUCACUGGGAACUCAAGGGAUAUGAAUUUGGACUUUAUUAGAGGAUGUGAUAAUCUGGUCAGUACUGAGGACAACUACCUUUUAACAAGAUAUCCCACAGCAGAAGAGAUUAAAAUGGCAAUAGAUUCUAUGGACCCUAACAGUUGUGCAGGACCAGAUGGAUUUAAUGGUCAUUGUUUUCAACACUGCUGGGACAUCAUCAAAAGAGAGAGGCUUUCUCCUGCUCUUUUUAUUAUUGCUGCUGAAACCCUGUCAAGAACCUUGAAUCAUCUUAAUCAAAAUGAUAAGUUCAUUAAUUUUUCCAUGCAUAAAAAAGCACCCCAAAUUAAUCACCUUAGCUAUGUUGAUGACCUUGUCCUAUUCACUUCUGUUGAUAAAUUUUCUAUUAAGCUCAUGAUGAAUCUGCUAAGGUUGUAUCAAAAUGCUUCUGGACAGGAGAUUAACAAUGAUAAAACCUUCUUUAUCACCCAUAGUAAGACUAACAUGAUUUAUAACAGGAGGAUAAGAAGGUGGAAAGGUUACAAACAAUCUUCUUUCCCCUUCACUUAUUUAGGUUGUCCUAUAUACAGUGGUAGGAAAAGAAUCUCUUAUUUUUCUGAUAUUUCCAAAAAGGUUCUUAAUAAGAUUGCAGGUUGGCAAGGAAGAUUCUUAUCCCCGGGAGGUAAGGCCACCAUUAUUAAGCAUGUUCUGCAAUCACACGCCUUACAUAUAUUUGCUGCUUUAAUGCCACCUGUUACAACACUCUAUGAGAUUGAAAUGCAAUGGUGGAGAUUGAGAAUAGAACCUUCUUUGUGGGCACAAUUUAUUAGAGCAAAGUAUUGCCAGAGAAGCAAUCUCAACUCUAAGAUAAUUGCUCCAAAAGACUCGGCUGCCUGGAAAGAUUUACUUCAUCUCAGAGAUAAAAUUGAGGCCAACAUCAGUUGGAACAUUAACUCUGGUAAUAUUCUUUUUUGGUGGGAUAACUGGACUCAACAAGGGUCUCUUUAUCAGAUGCUAAAUCCUACUGUCAAGCCAGGUAAUGUAAAAGUUAAAUAUUUCUUAGUGAAUCAGCAAUGGGAGUUGGAUGAUAAUCCUUUUUCCUUAUCAAGGGAUACUUUGAAUUUGAUCAAAAGUAUUCACAUUGGUAAAGAAGAUGAAAAGGACCAGGCUAUUUGGAAUCCGAAUAGCAAUGGACUUUUUACAUGUUCCAGUGCUUUCGAUUUACUGAGAAAUAAACGAGUUUCUUUCUUCAUGUGGAAGCUUUUAAAGAAAAAUCUCCCUCUGGAUGCUAAUCUCUCAAGAUUUAACAUUGACAAAGGUGCUAGUUGUUGUUGUUGCAGGACUGCAUGUGUGGAAACUGGUAAUCAUGUUUUUGCACAAAGUGAGCUUGCAAAACAAACAUGGAAAAUCAUUACCAGACCUCUGGGGAUUAGCAUUACUGGCUCAACAGUCCAAACAGUUCUUUGGCAGUGCUGGAGACAAAAACCAAGAAAUAUUGUUCACAAAUUCCUCCUAUUUAUCACUCCAAUGAUAAUCAAGGUGGCAAUCAGAAAGAAAUUCAAAUCCAUAGACUACACCUGGAAUUGGAGCAAAGUUUGUUUACAAGCAGAAAAUUUCAAAGCAGUGAUAACAAGUAAGAUGAUCAGGUGGAGCAAACCAAUAGGUAACAAUUGGAAGCUCAACACGGAUGGAAGCUACAAGGAAAAUCAAAACAAAGCAAGAGAUUGGUUGACUAAGGAUAGGAAAUGA